CUCUAAUCCCGACCGGCUCACCACCGCCUCUCCUUCUGCAGCGCUCACCGUUACGCGCCGGAGUAAAACUAUUUUAUACAUCAUUUAGUUUGCGCGACAAGUUGCUAAAGGCUGGAGUUAAUUUAAUAUUUUUUCAGGAAGAACUUUGCACUUUAUAAAAUGUGCCAGCGUUGAUUUUUAUAACCUCUUGAAGGUUUUUUCUUGUAAAGAAGAACAGCAAAAAAAAAAAAACCUCCAUGAUAUAUCUGUGAUCCUUUACGCAUCACAGAUACUAAAAAGAGUUGAUGGUGCGUUAUUUUAGGUGACUGCCUGCUGUAAAGCUGCGGAAAUGGACGGAGCAAAAAAAGAUGCCCCGCCGGUGGGCGAUGUGGGCAAAUCGGAUACCCUGGGGUCAACUGGCUCGGCCAGAAGAAGGGGCGGGGGGGCCAAGAAGGCCAUGCAGGCCAACAAGUCUGCCCUGAGGGCCCCCAGAGCGCUCUGCUGCCUCACGCUGAGCAACCCAAUCCGCAUGGCAGCAUUGGCCCUGGUGGAGUGGAAGCCUUUUGAUAUCUUCAUUCUUUUAGCUAUUUUUGCCAACUGUGUGGCCAUGGGGGUCACAAAGCCAUAUCCAGAUGAUGAUUCCAACCCCACCAACCACCAGCUGGAACAAGUCGAAUACGUCUUCCUCGUCAUCUUCACCAUAGAGACCUUCACCAAGAUCCUUGCCUACGGUUUAGUGAUGCACCCCAGCGCCUACAUACGCAGCGGUUGGAACUUGCUGGAUUUUAUUAUCGUCAUCGUCGGGUUGUUCAGUGUGAUAGCGGAGGGAAUGACGGACCAUAAGCCGGGCGAGGCCCACCAUGCUGCAGGAAAACCUGGAGGCCUGGAUGUUAAAGCUCUCAGAGCUUUCAGGGUGCUGCGACCUCUUCGGCUCGUAUCCGGCGUGCCGAGUUUGCAGAUUGUGUUGAACUCCAUCAUGAAGGCCAUGGUCCCACUGCUGCACAUCGGCAUGCUCGUCAUGUUCGUCAUCAUAAUCUAUGCCAUCAUCGGCUUGGAGCUUUUCCUCGGCAGGAUGCACAAGACGUGCUUCGACACCAGCACGGGCCUCAUGGUGGAGGACGAUCCAUCGCCGUGUGCUUUUGCGGGAGUCGGACGUUUAUGUGUCACCAAUGGCACCGAAUGCAAAGGGAAGUGGGAGGGUCCGAACGGCGGCAUCACAAACUUUGACAACAUUUUCUUUGCCAUGCUCACAGUUUUCCAGUGCAUCACUAUGGAGGGCUGGACAGACGUUCUCUACUGGAUGAAUGAUGCCAUCGGCUUCGACAUUCCAUGGGUCUACUUUGUUUCUUUAGUCAUUUUCGGAUCAUUUUUCAUCAUCAACCUUGUAUUGGGUGUGUUGAGCGGCGAGUUUUCCAAAGAAAGAGAGAAGGCUGUUGCACGUGGAGAGCUGCAGAAAGCUCAGGAGAGCAAGCAGAUGGAGGAGGACAUGAUCGGAUACAUGGACUGGCUCAUAGAAGCCGAGGAUGUGGAUGAAGAAGGAAACAAACGUGCUGCAAUUGCAAAGAAAAAGAUGAUGAAGAAGUUUGGUUGGUACAAACACAGUGAGGACGGAGGAGAGUCGGACUCCGACGAUGAUAUUGCAUAUCUCGACGAUGAUAGUGGCUUCUGUGCUUCACUCAUGGCGAAGAUGAUGGCCAACAGCUUUUGUGACCAGUUGUGCCAGCUGAACCACACAAUGAGAAAAAACUGCCGCGUUGCAGUGAAGACCACCAACUUCUACUGGUUGGUGUUGCUGCUGGUGUUCCUCAACACGGUGGCCAGCGCCUCGGAGCAUUACGGACAGCCAAAAUGGCUCACAGAAAUGCAGGAGCGAGCCAAUAAGAUCCUGCUGAUGCUCUUCACCUUGGAGAUGCUGAUGAAGAUGUACGCCUUCGGUCUUCAGAUCUACUUCAUGGCCCUGUUCAACCGCUUCGACUGCUUCGUGGUGUGUGGCGGCAUUCUCGAGACGCUGCUUGUAGAGAUGGAUGUCAUCCCGCCCAUCGGCAUCUCCGUGCUGCGUUGCAUCCGGCUGCUCAGGAUUUUCAAGAUGACCCGGCACUGGGCUGCUCUCUCUGAUCUGGUCACCUCACUGCUCAACUCCAUGAAAGCUAUCUGUUCCCUUCUGCUGCUGCUCUUCCUCUUCCUCAUCAUCUUCGCCCUGCUGGGGAUGCAGCUGUUUGGAGGGAAGUUCAAUUUUGACGAGACUCAGAUGAAGAGAAGCACGUUUGACUCCUUCCCUCAGGCUCUGUUAACAUGUUUCCAGAUUCUCACCGGAGAGGACUGGAACGCCGUGAUGUAUGACGGCAUCAUGGCGUACGGCGGGCCGAUCUUCCCUAACAUGGUGGUUUGCAUUUACUUCGUCAUCCUCUUUGUCUGUGGUAACUACAUCCUGCUGAACGUCUUCUUGGCUAUCGCUGUGGAUAACUUGGCAAGCGGCGGUGGAAAGAAAGCAGUAGAGGAGAAAAAGGAAGAAGAAGAGGAUUGGGAUGAGGACGAAGAGAAAGAGGAUGAAGAUGCAGGGAACGAAGAGGAUGACUGGCAGGAAAACGAGGAGCUGAGAGCCAUCGAGGGUCUGGAGGGCGUUGCUCCACUGAAGCCCGAGUUCUCCGGCCCCAAAGAGAAGAUUGUGCCGAUUCCUGACGGAAGCUCCUUCUUCAUUCUUGGGAAGAAAAACUGUUUGCGAGUCGCCUGCCACAACCUCAUUCACCACCCCUACUUCACCAACUUCAUCCUCAUCUUCAUCAUCCUCAGCAGCAUCUCGCUGGCUGCUGAGGAUCCCAUCAAAUCCCACUCUUUCAGGAACAUCGUAAGGACAGGCUGCCACUUAACGUCAGCGUCUAAUCCCGUUUCCGCGGCGAUGCGACUGAAAUCUGACUUUAGCUUCUGUCAUCGUCAGGUGCUCGGAUACGCCGAUUAUGUCUUCACUUCGGUUUUCACGGUGGAGAUCGUCCUGAAGAUGACGGUUUAUGGAGCUUUUCUUCACACCGGCUCUUUCUGCAGGAACGCCUUCAACCUCCUGGACCUGCUGGUCGUCAGUGUGUCGCUCACGUCUUUCUUCUUACAUUCGAGUGCGAUCUCCGUGGUGAAAAUCCUGCGAGUGCUCCGAGUGCUGAGGCCGCUUCGAGCCAUCAACAGAGCCAAAGGGCUGAAGAACGUGGUGCAGUGUGUCUUUGUGGCGAUUCGCACCAUCGGCAACAUCCUGAUCGUCACCACUCUGCUUCAGUUCAUGUUUGCUUGCAUUGGAGUGCAGCUUUUCAAGGGCCGAUUCUACAGCUGCACAGACGAAGCCAAACACACUCCAGACGAGUGCAAGGGAACCUUUGUGGUGUAUAAAGACGGGGACAUGAACCACCCCAUGGUCAGAGAGAGGAUCUGGGAAAACAGUGACUUUAACUUCGACAACGUGCUGAUGGGAAUGCUGGCUCUGUUCACCGUGUCGACGUUUGAAGGCUGGCCUCAGCUUCUGUACCGGGCCGUGGAUGCCAACGCCAUAAACCGAGGCCCAAUUUACAACUACAGAGUGGAGAUCUCCAUCUUCUUCAUCAUCUACAUCAUCAUCAUCGCCUUCUUCAUGAUGAACAUAUUCGUGGGUUUCGUCAUCAUCACUUUUCGGGAGCAAGGAGAGGCCGAGUUCAAAAACUGCGAACUCAACAAGAAUCAAAGGCAGUGUGUGUAUUAUGCCCUGAAAGCUCAGCCAAUAAAGAUUUACAUCCCUAAAAACCCGUCGCAGCUGAAGUUCUGGAGGAUCAUCAACUCCAGCCAGUUUGAAUAUGUCAUGUUUGUGCUGAUUUUGGGAAACACUCUCACUCUGGGUGUUCAGCAUUAUGAGCAGUCGAAGUUGUUCACCUCCAUCAUGGACAUCCUCAACAUGAUCUUCACUGUGGUAUUCACCAUAGAGAUGAUCAUCAAGCUGAUGGCUCUUCGAGCUCAUCAUUACUUCAUCGACCCCUGGAACUCAUUUGACGCUCUGAUUGUUGUCGGCAGCGUCUUGGACAUCGCAGUGUCUGAAUUUAGCGGAGGAGGCGGCCAUGGAGAGGGUGGUGGAAAAGGAGAAGGCGGGAAAGUGUCCAUCACCUUCUUCCGCUUGUUCCGAGUGUUGAGGUUGGUGAAGCUGCUCAGCAAAGGAGAAGGCAUCCGAACUCUUCUCUGGACUUUUGUCAAAUCCCUGCAGGCCUUGCCGUACGUCGGCCUCCUCAUCGCUAUGAUCUUCUUCAUCUACGCUGUGAUCGGCAUGCAGAUGUUUGGGAAAGUAGCCAUCGAUGACGACACAGACAUCAACAGAAACUGCAACUUCCAGACCUUCUUCAUGGCGGUUCUGGUUCUUUUUAGGUGUGCCACUGGAGAGCAGUGGCAGCAGAUCAUGCUGGGCGCGCUGCCCGGCCGGCGCUGCGACCCGGAGGCCGACGUCGAGCCCGGCGAAGAGUACACCUGCGGGAGUAACCUGGCCUACCUUUACUUCAUCAGCUUCUUCAUGCUCUGCGCUUACCUGAUCAUCAAUUUGUUCAUUGCCGUCAUCAUGGACAACUUUGAGUAUCUGACCCGAGACUGGACGGUUCUGGGGACUCACCACCUGGACGAGUUCAAGCGGGUUUGGUCUGACUACGACCCAGAAGCCACAGGUCGCAUCAAGCACAUCGAUGUCGUCACUAUGCUACGCAGGAUUCAGCCUCCUCUCGGCUUUGGAAAGCUUUGUCCUCAUCGCGUUGCUUGCAAAAGGCUGGUGGCCAUGAACGUUCCCCUCCACCCCGACGGGACCGUCACCUUCAACGCCACUCUGUUCGCUCUCGUCCGAACUUCGCUGAAGAUCAAAACUGAAGGUCCCGUUGAUCAGCAGAACGAGGAGCUGAAGAUUAUCAUCAAGAAGCUGUGGAAACACACAAAACCCAAACUCAUCGAUGAAAUCAUCCCGCCCCCUAGAGGCGAUGAGGUGACUUGUGGAAAGUUUUAUGCCAGUUUCCUGAUCCAAGAUUACUUCAAAAAGUACAGAAAGAGGAAAGAGAGGGAAAGAAAAUCCAAGAGGAAGGACAGGGCUGCUGCACUGCAGCAAGGGCUGCGGACGCUGCAGGACCUGGCUCCAGAGAUGCGCCUGGCGAUGGCCUGCGACCUCGAAGAAGAGGAGGCCACCGAGGGCGAGAUGACGGGCGACGAGAUCUUCGACAGCGAGCCGGGGACGUCGGCGAACCCCACGCCCGCCAGCACGCCGAUGCCGCCUCUGGACCUGCUGGUGGAGCACACGGCGGUGAUCAUGGAGCCCACGCCCCGGGGCGCCGGCGGGGAGGUGAUCACCACGCAGGUGGAGGCCGUAAAGGAACACCUGAGGCCCGGAUCGGAGCUGGCCGGACUGAGAGUCGUGACUGAGCAGCCCACAAGGUCCGAACCGCUUCCCGUCAGCGAUUCGCCUCUUCCUCCACCUCCACCGGAGAUAUCGGGAGGAGAAGACUUUUUCCUCAAAGACGCGCUCUUUCCAACUCAAAGUGAAGCGGCAGAGCAGUUUUACAGCAGUGAGGCGUAUGCAGCAAGCAUACAGUCAGUCGAUGGGUUUGAGUAUCAAGAGGCGAUUUCUCCUGUACCAACCGAAACAGGAGACAACGGCCAGAGUUUGGACGUAGCCAGCAGCAUAGGAGAAAUUCCCUAUGAAGGUCACGACCCCAAUGGCUUCAUCAGCAAGGCCUAUAAUGAAAACAACAUGAAUGGAGGCAGCGCCGCCGUCAGCCCGGCUCCCUACGACGCAAACGAAUACAACAGCAACGGAUACACCGGCUACAACAGGAACGAAAGUACCAUGAGCGGCUACAAUGACAAUGGCAGCACCGUCAGCGGUUACAAUGGGAGCACUGGUUACAAUGGGAACGGCUACAAUGGGAACGGCUACAAUGGGAACGGCUACAACGGGAAUGAGAACAGUGGAGCCCAUUUUGUCAGGAGACGAUUACUUCCUGCCAUACCGAAAGGUCGGAAACCUGCGUUUAGCUUCCAGUGUCUGAAGCCUCAGUCCAGCGCUGACGACCUGCCCGUCCCUGGAAGCUACCGGGGGAACACAUCUCCGUCCAGAUCCCGCCUGCAGAACCAGCAGAGCCUGGACUCCCGGCCCAGCAGCGUGUCCUCCAUGUCAUCCGCCUCCUGGGCCAACGCGGCGGCGGCCGGAGCCACGCCCCUUCCAGGAAUAAUCGCCCCCACCGCGCGCCGCGGAAAGCUCAUCUACACGCCCAUGAUCCUGGUGGACGAAGAAAGCGGCUCCAGUCAGCCGCUCUGGUGCGACGGCUCUGCCAGCCUCCCUGCAGGGAAGCGACCGGGCUGGUACCCGGGUCAGACCAGAACCUUCACCAGCGUCAGGAUGCCGCCUGCGGCCAACCAGAGCAUCAUAGAUAAAGGCAGCGCAGACAGUCUGGUCGAAUCGAUCUUGAUCUCCGAGGGCCUCGGUAUGUACGCCAGGGAUCCAAAAUUCGUGAGCUUUGCCAAGCGGGAGAUUGCCGAAGCGUGUCACAUGAGCCUGGACGAGAUGGAGAGCGCGGCUGCGGACCUGAUAGCGCGGGGAGCCAGUCACCUGACCCGCUUCGAGGACGAACUCGCCGACGAAAUGAACUGCGUGAUUUCUUACUGAGAUCAGCAAAGCCAAAAACAAAAGGAAAAACAGUAAGAACAUGAAGCCAAUAUUUUAUAAGAGUGUUUAUAUGUCAGUUAUUUAAAGCAAGUAUCGAGUGUGAGCGGAGGUUUUUGUAGUUUUUAAACAUCCUGUUGGGCAUGAAAUGCUUUUGUUUGUGAAUGCCAAAACAUGCACACAGAUGAGGCUCAGGGAGUUUUAUAUUUACACAGCAGUGCUAUAUAAAGUCAAACUUUUGCUUUUAAAUCAUGAUAACAGAGGAUUUUUAAACAUACCAUAACACAUCUUUAAAUUCAGAUGCUAUCUGAAGGCAUUAUCUGUUUUAGAUAAAUGUAAUUAAACUGAAUAUCCUCUAAGCUGCAGCGUUGAAACUUCUGUUAAAAAAAAGGCUGCUGUGUAUUUCUUGAUUAUUGUGUGUUCAUCCGUGUUGCUUUACAUUCUGAGCAAAUAAAACAUGUUUUCUCAAA